GUCACGUAUAUGGCACAUUCCAACAAAAUUAAAUAAUACAGUCUUUUACAUUCACAUAAAUAAAACCUCAGAACAACAAACUAUGGUUUUCAGCAUAAAACCAAUAAAUUUGACACUACAUAAAAUAGUGGUACAUCGUAAUAAGUAAUGUAAUUUCAAGAAAAUUAAAAUUAUAUACGUUUUGUAACUCUUGUAUACAUUGAUAAAUUGACAAUUAUCAAAGUUUAAAAUGCAGAAUAUUCAAUCGAGUUGGCGAAAAAAUGGCGAUUGGAAAGGCCGUUAUUCCAAAUUAUAUUCCUCUCGGCGUAUUUCUACGUCCAAUGAGGAAGAGCCACGCCGCAUAUCGUUUUUGAGUAACGAUUCUUCACCACAUACAUCCCAGCUAAUAAGAAUGUGGGCAAACCGACAGGAAUCUCCAUGCAGUUCUGAAGCACCUAGCCCUAGAUAUCUUACUUCUUUGCUUUCCCAAAGGAGUGAGACAUACAACAGCUGUAGCGACAGAGAAUCUAUGCAACUAGAUGUUUUGGGGGGUAACGAAACAGUGUUGCUGGAUAUGGUACGAGCACGCAGUCAGGAGUUACAAGAAGCUCAAGACCAAACCCUGGAAUUGCCUCGUGAUGAUAUCUCUGAUGAUGCAGCCUGUGUACAUGGGCUUAGUAUGCGGAUGACGGAGCGUAGCAUCUCUCGUUCCCGUGUCUCCCGUAUAUCAACUCGACGGGACAUGGAUAUACCCUCGAUCCUAGCAUUUACUGCCACCACUGAACCUCCUCCGGUAAACUCUAUUACAUACCUAUGUAUCAACUAUGCGCAGCUCGAAAUACCUGCCUUUAGCAAAAUGAAUCCUCCGCAGAAGGAAGAAAUACCUCGGUGGUCUAUUCGCCGGUCGGUCUGUCCAGUUUGUUCAGAAAAGUGGAAAGAUCGUAGCUCUAUAAUUAAUGUUAAGAAUUCUGGUCUGAAGAGAAAUUCGUCAUCAGAACUUCCAACAGUAAUAGCGCCUGCACGGUUGCGAGCAUCCAUCACUAUGGAAUAUAUUCCACGUCCUGCCUUGACCGCCGUAGAUGAAGAUGCAGGUCGAAUUCUUGGUGGAUUACGAAACACAAAUGCAUCGUGGCAACUAACGCGUGCUCGCAGAUUUCGUCCUCCAAAACUUCAAGUCAUGGCACCAGAGGCCAUUGCACCGCCCCUGGCAGCAGCUCCAGUGGCACAAAAGGAUUUAGACAACCGAGUGGUCCGGUUCCUUAAAAAUGAAACUUGAAACUUGCAUAUUAAACUCUAUUUUUACUACUCUACAACUAACAUUAUU